AUCUGCAACGCCCGGGGGGAGUGCAACUAUCAGACGGCUAUCUGUGCCUGCAACAACGGCUGGCAGGGUCAGAACUGCACCGCUGAGUGCCCUGGGGGCGAAGCCUCGCCGUGCUCAAGGCAGGGCGACUGCAUGCCGUCGGGGGUAAACGGAGCUGUUUGCGCGUGCUACCCGGGCUUCCGGGGAGGCGAUUGCUCGAUCGAGUGCAUCGGAGGAAGCAGCUCUCCUUGCCUGAACCAUGGCUUCUGCGAGGCCGACGGGUCGUGCUCCUGUUACGGAGGAUGGCGAGGUGCUGACUGCAGCAUCGCUUGCCCUGGCGGCAGCGUGACUCCAUGCAACGGACAUGGUCUCUGCGAGGCCAGGCUCGACUCCAACAUUGCCAAGUGCAUCUGCAACAACGGUUUCCGUGGGGACAACUGUAUGAUAGAGUGCAAGGGAGGGUCGUCCAACCCUUGCUCGGGGCACGGGACAUGUGGAGCCGAUGGCUCCUGCACCUGCACUCUAGGAUGGACAGGCUCUGCAUGCGAGAACGCCUGUCCAGGUCAAGAUCUCCCGUGCUCAGGGCAUGGGACUUGUGUAGGGAUUAAUGUCACUGGCUGCUCCGUGGGGUGCUAU